AGGUCUGGUUCCAGAACAGGCGUGCCAAGUGGAAGAAGCGUAAGAAGACCACCAAUGUAUUCCGUUCCCCUGGAACUCUGCUGCCCACACCAGGAUUGCCGCAGUUCCAAUCAGCAGCAGCCGCUGCGGCAGCAGCAAUGGGCGACAGUCUAUGCUCCUUCCAUGCCAACGAUACCCGCUGGGCCACAGCUGGAAUGGGGGUCUCCCAGCUUCCCUUACCUCCCUCCCUUGGAAGGCAACAGGCAAUGGCUCAGCAGUUGUCCCAGUGUAGCCUGGGAGCCGGCCCACCUCCCGGCUCCAUGGGUUUGUCCAACAUGGGCUCCAAUGGCUCUGGGCUGCAGUCACACCUUUACCAAUCCGCCUUCCCCGGCAUGAUGUCCUCCUCAUUGCAGGGUCCCAGCAACGUGUCGGGUUCCCCGCAGCUCUGCAGCUCUCCGGACAGCAGUGAUGUGUGGAGGGGAACCAGCAUUGCCUCCCUACGCCGCAAAGCACUUGAGCACACAGUCUCCAUGACCUUUACCUAAUACCCUAUCCCCCACCCCACUGUCUACUCACCACUGUCUCUCCACCCAAUCUUUCCUGGACUCUCCAGCAGAGGCAAUGCUAAGCAAGUGAUCUCAGAAUUUCACCAAUAGACAGGUGAUUGCAUUUCCCAUUAACCAGGGAUGUCUUGAGGCUCAGAUCAACAGCAAUCAUAAGCAGAGAUGAACCCCAGAGUUCCCUGCAGGUCCCAUUCAGAACAAUCAUUCAGACGUUGAACAUUCAUAACAGUUUUCUGCCUUGGUUAAAUGUAAUUCUUGUAGUUUCCAAUAAAAAAGAAAAAAGGGGUGUGAUACAGUAUAAUAUAUUGACUGUCAAUCCAUAAAUGUCCAUAUACAAAAAAUAUCUGACAUCUGUAUACUCACUUGUUAGAAGAGUAGGAAAAUGUAUGAUCAGGAGGAGCUCUGGGGACAUAUUUGCUCCAUUGAUAGUGAUGCCUCUGUGCCCACAGGUCUCCUUCUUAUUAUACCUUUGGCUACUAGUAAAAACAAGUGCCCCUUUAUAUUUUUCUGUACCAGGGUUAUAAAUAUGGCUCAUUUGCUACCAUCACCGGGAUUUGAUAUACAUGAGUACUCCUGAUUUAGUUCUUGGAAAUAUUGGGUUUAUAAGGGUCAUAAAGCAAACACAAUUAAUUGUUUUUGGACUGUUUAUUAAAAUGUUAUACAGCAGAAGUUUUAUUAAACAAAUAAGCACAACAUUUUACAAGUAUAUUCUUGGUUAAAGAUUCUCAAAUUUAGUUCCUAUAGCCCAACUCCAGGAAUUAAAAAUAAAAAAAAAUCUACCCUUGCAAGGGUUAAAUGCUCAUUAUGUCUAGGGGUGCCGGAAUAAGAAGAAAUGCUUUAUCCUGUGCUCCAGCAAUGUCCCUCCAGAGAUGCGAAUGGUCCCCCGCAGCCUCCGCUCACAGAUAUGGUCACACAUUCGCCCCCACUAAAUACAAUGCAGUGUUAUUAGCUCUGCUUCAUACAUGAUGAUGCCAAGGGACUGCCAACAGACUGGAACUUUGGGGAGAAGGGGGCAGCCGGCUGGAGCAGGGGAUACAGUAAGUAAUUCUGCCUGCUCCUGUAGCCCCUAGACAUAACUAGCAUUUACCCUCGGCCUUACUAUAAUGGUAGAUUUUUUCUAAUUCCUAGAGUUAAACUUUAAUAUAAAUGAUAAAAUACAACUCCAUCCAAAACUUUUUUUAGCUUUAGUAUAGUGAAGAAACUUGGAUCUCCAUAUUUGAAUUGCUCUCUGUGUGCCUGUUGGGAAGAUUUCCUCUCACUUGCUGUCCCAGGAAGCCUUGACACCAGGAGAAGUAUUUCAAAAUAUAUUCGAAAGGGACACAAUGACAGACGAAACAAUGGGGGGGUGGGAUUUACUAAAACUGGAGCACUCAGAAUCUGGUGCAGCUGUGUAUGGUAUCCAAUAAGCUUUUAACUUAAGCUUGUUCAAUAAACCUUUGACAAUAAAACCUGGAAGAUGAUUGUUUUCUAUGUAGAGCUGCACCAGAUUUCGGACACCCCGGUUUUAGUAAAUCUCCCCUGACGUCUUUGGGAAGGCUGGAACCUCUUUUUUUUGCUGUUUGAGUUCCCUGCUGGAAAUUUCUCUUUGCUUCUUGGCCCAGUAAAAAUGUUGUCACCCCCAACAGAAAAUGAGGGAAAAUCUCACCAAAACCAUCACAGACAGCACUAAAAACCCAACAGAUGAUUCAAUCCUUCCCUACUGUGGCCAGAAAAAAAAACGUUUUGAUUGGAGUAGCUGAUCUCUCACUUUAAAAAUUACGCAGAAAAAUGGUUUGUGGCAAUUUAUUAAUUCCUGUUAUAAAAUGUAAACAUGGAGGAAAAUGUAUGUUUGCAAAUGAAGUUAGAAAACUUUAUAUAUAAUGGUGGACACCUAUGGUAUGGAAUGUUGUAAACUAUUAAAGUAAAUGGUGUAAAAUGUAAUGGUGUGCUGUAAUCCAAAGUAACUAACCAAUCAGAAAUCAACAUUAUUUAACCAAAGGGAACUGUGAAAAUAGAGAUGAUUGUUGAUUGGUUGCUACAGGUAUGUUUGCCUGUUUAAAGGCCAAACUAUAAGUGAGAAGAAUAAGUGACCUUUCUGGCCUUGGCCUUGGCAUGAAGGUGUACCCUUGUGACCAGUCAUAACAUUUCACUCCAACUUGGGUGACAUGUGAAUGUGACAUAGGUGGUGAAGGGUUUAUUUAUUGCUGAUUGGAUGCAGAGAUUGUCUGAAGUACUGGAAAAUCUCUGCAAACCCUUUGGUUACUUUCUGCCAAGCUCAAGCAGGUCAAUAAACUGCCAAUUUUAGGGCAUGUAAUGCCAGCCUUACUGUACACCAUUGCACUUUGUACUGUUAUUAUGUUAUUCCAAAGCCUUCUCUAGUUGUAAUGUAAAUGGCCAUUUAACAUCUCUAGUAUUGUAUCAUCAGACAUUACCCAACGCUUACUCAGCCAUAUUCUUUUCAUAUUUUCCACUAUCAUAAUCACUUUGAGCUUUCAAAAUACAUUUCCCAAAAAUAAUUCUGUUUGUGUUGUGGACAUUUCACUGAAAUACACCCUCUGUCAAAGAAGAAACGAGGCCUGUUUUAUAAGCAUUUUUAUUUAUUACAGCUGUAAUACUUUAAGAUUCAGUCUUAUUUCCUUCUUUUUUUUUUCUAAAGGCAAGCAGCACUUUUCUGAUGAUUAUUUGGCAGACUGCUGUUUUCAGUCCUUCAAAAGCAUUGCUGAUACCACUUUUCCCUGCGGGUUCAGCGGGGCACGUGGCGCCUAGGCACAUGUAAAUUUCCAACCCUGGACUUUGUACAGACGGCCAAUGAGCUUUUCUGCAUGUGCUGGUUCAGAGAUCAGAGGCUAUUUCUAAGAAUGAACAAAAAAAAGUUGUGAGAUAGGAUGUUUUGUGUAGAUAAAGCAUUCUUGUUACAUACUGGUCAGUUUGUGAUAUGGUUUAACUUAUUGUCUGUGCUUAUUUAUUGAUUUUUUUUUCUUUUUUGAGUUUCUUAUUUCUUAAAUGUUUAAGCUAAUAUGAAACUUAUUAUUUGAAAUUUUCUUGACAAGUUUAUAUCAAUUUAAUGUAAAUGGAUAAAUAAAAUCAUUUUCAGUA